CGCAACGUAUAUGGACAUACAACACAAGUGCAAGCGACUACAUUCGAUGUAAGAUGGACCAAGCGAAGAAUUUUACUGACAUGUCUAUUUUCUUCAGACGGAUGUACUUUUUUGAUGAGCAACACCGAUGGAGAGCCAGGAACCUCGAGGGAUUAUUUUCGAAGCAGCAGAAAGAUGUCAUGCACGUCCGCAACCAAGGAGGCAUGUUUAUUACCAAGGAGAAGAUGCUAUAUGUGAACAUGCGCUACCGGUGCGCAGUAAUGAAAGUCUCGCAAGAACAAUUUGGUUGGGAGCCGUACUUCGACUUGCGUCUUUGGGAUGCGUGGGUAAAGCAAGGACCUCACCCUAAAUGCGUGCAACAGUUCGCGAAGCAUGCACCUAGAGGAAAGGUUAUUUAUGGGCCACUGUGUGACAAUAUCCUUCAUAUUAAGUGAUAUACAUUAAAGGUGUUGAGUCAUGAGGGCAACAAGGAACCUCAGCGAAAAUAAAGUUCAGCAUAGUAAAAUUCGA